GGAAGAGUCGCGGAAGAGUAGGAAAGGCUUCCUGACGGCUCAGCAGGCUAACCAGCUAACACAGACAACUAUCCGACUAAGCAGCAGCUUAACCAGGUUUACAGGUUGGAUAGACGCCCAGACGAAGGUUCAGGAUGACAGGCGCUCCGUACAACUACUCCUACAUCUUCAAGUACAUCAUCAUCGGUGACAUGGGAGUCGGGAAGUCGUGUCUGCUGCAUCAGUUCACAGAGAAAAAGUUCAUGGCCGACUGCCCUCACACCAUCGGGGUGGAGUUUGGGACGAGGAUCAUGGAGGUCCACGGCCAGAAGGUGAAGCUGCAGAUCUGGGACACGGCCGGUCAGGAGAGGUUCAGGGCCGUCACCAGGUCGUACUACAGAGGGGCCGCCGGGGCCCUCAUGGUCUACGACAUCACCAGGAGAAGCACCUACAAUCACCUGAGCAGCUGGUUGACGGACGCCAGGAACCUGACGAACCCCAACACGGUGAUUAUUCUGAUCGGAAACAAAGCCGACCUGGAGGCCCAGAGAGACGUGACGUACGAGGAGGCCAAACAGUUCGCCGAUGAGAACGGUUUGCUGUUUCUGGAGGCCAGCGCCAAAACAGGGGAGAACGUCGAGGAGGCCUUCCUGGAAGCAGCGAAGAGGAUCUACCAGAACAUCCAAGAUGGCAGUCUGGACCUGAACGCCGCAGAGUCGGGAGUCCAACACAAACCAUCGGCACCGCAGGGAGGCCGCCUCAACGCCGACAGCCAGCCGGCUAAAGAGGGCUGCAGCUGUUAACCACAGACAGAAACUACAGACCCAUCAAAUGGAUCAACGGACGGACACAGAGACCCCCUCUACCAGAAACAUCAGAGCUGGAUGACAUUUAACAGCACUGGCACAGUCCAUCCACCUGUUCAGUUCAGCACCCAAAACAAUAGUCAACCAUCUUCCACCCAACCAAACAUUAACCAGCUGGGGCUCAAUCAGAAACCCACGCCUAUCCAGACUUCCAGACAUGCUUGUCCCAGUCUUUAGCAAAUAAGUCUAACCUCACAAGCCUUGGCAGCCCUUUUACUCAAGACUGGAUUAUCCUCCUCCACGUCUAGAGUUCUCUUGGCCCAACUCAAGCCAGACUUUGCGACUACCAUCAGCAUCCAAGUCUGGAAAAAAAAUAGGCCCCAAAUACAGCCCAGAUCUGGCUUUUAUCCACAAUCAAUGCACUCAGCCCUGCUCAUACCAAUCUUUGGCAAAUCUGCUAUCACAAAAGCCUGGGCAGCCCUAUUACCUGAAAAUGGACUACCCUUCCAACCUUGUCUCUUCCAUGUCUGGGGUUCUCUAGGCCGAAUACAAGCAAGACUUUAGGACCACUGUCAACAGCCACAUCCAGACACAUUUGUCCCAGUCUUUGGCAAGUCAUUCGAACCUCAGAAGCCCAGAAAAUCCCUAUCCCAAAGACUGGACUACCCUCCCAACCUCGUCUUUAUGUCCAGAGUUCUGUUGGCCAAUUUCAAUGAAGACUUUGGGACUAUCCUUGACUUUCAAGUUUCAAGGGCCAGGAAUCAAACUAGGCAAAGCACUAAAGCUAUACUACCCAUUGCCUUUGGCCCACAUCCAGACACAGUUGCCCCAAUCUUUAGCAAACUAUUGUAAUUUCAGAAACCCAGAUAGCCUCUUUUCUCCAAUACUGGACUACCCUCCCACAUCGAGAGUUCUUUUGGCCCAACUCAAGCAAGACUUUAGGGCUAUCCUUAACCUCCAAGUCUUAAAGGGGAGGACUCAAAUUGGUACUUAAUUACAGCCCAAAUCUAGGUUUCACUACAAUGUGGACCACCCUGCCCUGAACCCACAUCCAGACAAACUUGUCUUCUCCACAUCUUCCCUCAAUACACAAAUUGCAAAAGACAAGACUGAAAUCAGGACUAGUUUACAGCCCAAAUCUGGGCUGGGCAACCCCUGCCCUCAGCCCACAUCCAGCCAUACUUGUCUUAACCUUUGGCAACUCAUUGUAACCUUAGAAUCCUAGACAGACCCUUACUCCAAGACUGGACUACCCUCCCACAUCAAGAGUUAUUUUGGCCCAACUCAAGCAAGACUUUGGGAGCAUUAAUAUUUCAAGAAGCAAGAUUCAAAUAGGGACUUAUUUACGGCCCAAAUAUGGGUUUCACUGCAAUCUUUGGGAAAUCAUUCUGAUCUCCAAAGCCUGAACACCCCUUUUCUCCAAGACUGGGCUACCCUUGGGAUUCCCAUCUCUUCCAAGUCCGCUGCACCGUUGGUCCAAACCCACUGAGGGUAGUUGAGAUGUAAAAUCCCAGCGAACGCAUCCAGAUCCUAGGCUUGACCUAGAUCACCUGAGACUACCUUCAGCCGACAUCAGGGACUUUUGGCCUGGCAUCUUGGAUUCCUUCUUCACAGAAAGCAUUUGUUCCAACAAACUUCUCCACGUUUCCAGAUGGCAGUCUUUGAUGAAACAAACUGUCUUUAAGCUCUGUGUGGACUGUAGACCAGUUCUGUUUGCACCAUAUUGAUGAUGUGGCUCAGAAAAUGCAUUUACACUCUAGCUGUUGAUGUGGACUGUUGUUUUUGUGGUCAGAUAACUGUAUUUACACCUGAGUAGAAAAUGUCCUCAUAGCCCAGUCACCACAAAUGCAGUUUAAAGGGGUACUCCACUGAUUUUACACAAGAGCAGGUUACCCAUUAUACUUAGCACCACUAGUGUGUUGUUGACUGUACUUCAGGAGGAGCUUUCCAAAGUCUGCAAAAGUCCCUCUUUGGGGAUAGCACUUUCCGGGGUUAACACUUGUUGAUUCCAUAGUAUUUUUCCAACCACCAAAUGCGUUCGUUAAAGUUUUGGUCAUUGCGGUCCGACACGACAAUAUGGACGCCCAGGCUUUGUUCAGCAUCUGUGCAAAGGAACACAUCCGGCAGUUCACAAUGAUAAUGUCCAGCUAAAGAUUGUGUUGAAUUCGUCAUCGUUUUGUGCUGUCGUGCAAAAAUGAAGCCGCACAACAGGUGGUGCUUUUUGAUAUGUCCGCAGAUGUGCUUCAUUGUGCUUCAGGCCGUGAUGCAGAUAAGAAUGUUUUUGUUUGACAGAAGGUUUUAAACUGUCCAAUGAAGUCCAAUGCUUGUGUUGCAUACUGAAGCCGUGGAGUCUGAAAAGCAGGGAGUUCACCGGGCAGGCUGGGUCGAGCAGAAGACAUGAUCUUGAUGUUUUACAAAAACUGUAGCCUCCAGACAUUUGUUAGUGUUGUGUGUUAAAAGUAGAAGCACAGUUCUAAAACCUUCAAACAGUCCAGUGACGUUCCAUCCAACCACAUCCAAGUCACUGGAGUUCCCCUGAAAUGGUGACAAAAAAGAGCUGUGAUCUCAGUCCACAUAGAUCCACAGUCAAACGUUUUCAAGGUCUUUCAGAAUGUGGGACCUCACCCAAAACAGACCUGUGGAGACUCUAUCCGACAGCCACAUGCAUUAACACAAGUACCAGGACAGUGAGACCGCUCUGAGAAAUUCUGCUGAAUGUUUGUGGACCCGGUCUUACUCAGGUUUACUGGACUCUUGAUCAACCAACCCAGUAACCAAAACCGCCAUCUGUGCAUCUCCACACUUUGCCUUUAUUUGAAAUCUAAAACCUUUUACCUUCGUUUAAGGCAACGUUGAAUAUUGAUUGCUCUUGGAGCGACGAAGCAGCUGAUUGAUGAAGAAGACAAAAUGACUUACCUGAACCACGAGGCCGAUCCCUCAGUGGAUCCCAAGUUCAGGUUAGAUUUUUAUUAAAUUCCUUUUAUUUCUUUCUUGUUAUUGUCGAUGUUUUUAACCAAAUAUACGUACGUGCUGUUUUUGACAUCACAGCUCCCCCUUGUGGCCAUUUGGUUUCGCUUCCCUCCUGGUUAAAUGAAGGGAAGGAAAAUGGCACAAGUGGAAGUAAAAAGAUCUCUUUUAAUUUAUUGCUGCCUGUUUUUGUUUUGUGUGUUUGGCUUUCUUUUGAAUGUUACACCACAAUUACACUUUAUUUGACGGCGUUGGUCUCUGUGGCGUCAGCUCGACAGAAGUCGGGAGACGUUGUGUUCGGCAAAAUUCUACCAUUAAUAUCUGAAGGAAAAAUGAAAAACGAUGCCUUCAAAUGCACCUGGAUCAACUCACAUUGCCGAGCCUUGACAUCCUGAAGUGCUUUAAAGUCUCCUCGAACCCUCAGUCGUCCACUAAAGACUCGAUGUUAGCUAGUUCACGGUGUUUAGAGCGGGAUUCUGGCGCUAACUUGGCGGGACGCUAGCAGUCUAACCAGCUUCCAAACCCCCAUCAUGUAGCUCGCUAAACUUUUAUUUUGAAAUAUUUUAAAGCCGCACGAGUCAACGUUCGCUAGAACCGAGUCAAAACGGAACAAGCCGACGGACUUUUAAAUUGAUUAUCGCAGCUUUAGCCUGAAAUGAUUGUGUGCUCAUUUUAAUUCCAGUCAGAUAUAACGUGAAUGACUUAAAUAGCAGCGAGAUUUUAAAAAAAAAAACAAAAACCUAAGACGUGUUUCCUCUUGUACGGAGUCCCUGAAGUGACAGAUGUCUUCUGUUAGUGACAUUGUUUUGUAAUUAUCUGCAAUGAGUUCAUUUACGUUUGUACAUUAAACCACUUGUAUGCAUAAGUUAGACUUUGGUUGUUUGUUUUUUUUUUUUCAGAAAAUUGGAUGAACUGUUGCUCAGUUUAGAAAACGUAAAAUAGCCAAAUAAUGAAAUUACUAAUGUUCAGCCUCAAUCACAGUUUCUAUGUUUUAAGCUCAAAUUUACAUUUAUUCACAAAUUUGUUCUUAAAAUUCUUACACAGUUUUUUUCCACCUAACUUACCAUCAUUUUUAUUUUAUUUUUGUUUCUCUAUUGUAAGUUGUUCUGGUUAGAAACUAAUCUCUUUUUUUAUUCCCCUAUUUCAAAUCCAUCGUUUGUAUUUUAGUCUGCAGUAAAUAAGCGAUAAACUCGUCUGAAGGGAAAGAACGCGAUCAUGUCCGGUUGUAUUUGACUGAACAACUGGUUUUAUAUAAAACACGACUUAAUUGGUCACAGUUAGUUGGUUUUUCUGACAUAAUUGUGACUUAUUUGUAUUUUAAAUUUCAUGAUUAGUUGAGAGAUGUUUUAUCUAUUUUAUAACAAGUCACAGUUUUAAAUUUUAUACAAAAACAAUAAUUUUGACUGUUUUCUUUUGUCCACUGAUUGUUUGCUCCAUGACACUGAACCACAGUUUGAUUUAAUUUUAACUCAUUAGCGCCGUUUGUCACCUCUGGGACUCCGUACUGGUGGGUUUAAAGGGCGACCGCUCUGGGUUCCGGUCGUCUCCCCGCCUCGCUCGCUUCAUGUCCUCGGUUCCGGUUCUGGUCCAUGUGCACCUAUCCAGACCGAGCUUCAGUGUUAAGGAUUCCAGAGCCAGUGCUGCUAAUGGAGGAGAUCUGGACCAAUGGGGGAGGGAGGGAUCAUGUGACUACUCGCUGUCCUUUGAUUGGUGGACGGCGACCUUCUUUAUCCGCUCGAUUCAUGAAUGAAGCCCCUCCUCACUGUAAAACGACACUUCCUGGUUGUUUUUUAAGCGUUCGCAGGAAAAAGCCUCUUUUUUUGUUUUUUGUUUUUUUGAUGAGAGAAGAAAUAAUUUCCUCGUCAAGUUUCGUAUGUUUUAGACAUCUGCAGGGACCAAAGAGUCGAAGAAGUCAACGAGGAGUCGCUGAAGCUGUGUUGGGACCGUCGCCUUAAGCGUCCCUCGCCAAAGGGCAUCACAAGCAUGUCGUUUACUAAAAUAUGUCAGAAUUAAACAGAAGAGAUGGUGCUGCCAGCAGGUGGCGCUGUUGCAGCAUCAGAAAAUACACAAAGAGUUCAGUUUAAAGAUCUGCUUCCUGAUUUUGUUCACAAAUACAUUUUCUAAAUCAGCUAUAAUCUGGAAGGAUAACACAAGAACACUUAUAACAAUAAAGGUCCUCAUGGUUCAUCAUGUCAGCAGCAGAGAUGCCGUUUUAAAUGAUUAACUUUGAUGGUCAACAACUCAAACAUCACAAAUGGAAGCGAUGGAAGACCAACCUCUGGUCUGAUCCGCCCUGUGACCUGCUCUCUACAUCUUAUUCCUUUUCUCUGUGAUGUCUGUUGAUUUUCUGUCUGCUGAAGUAACAAAGACGCUGCUUCUGAUUCGUUGACUAUUUAUAUCCCUAAUCUGUCAGGAUUUUCUUCAGCUGUACUUCAAACUGUUCGACCGCGGGGACUCAGUUGUUUGUAAAUAAAGUAUAUAUACUGUAUAUACUA